CGUCCCGCAGGGCACCUUGACGCUGCUCACCAACGAGAGGGGCGGCAUCGUGGACGACCUCAUCGUCACCAACGCGUUGGAAGAUUACCUCUACGUGGUGUCCAACGCCGGCUGCGCCGAGAAGGACUUGGCCAUCUUGAGGGGCAGAGCGGCAGAGCUGCGGGCCGCUGGCGGUGAUGUCCACCUGGAGGUGUCAGACAACGCGCUGCUGGCCCUGCAAGGUCCCUCCAUGGCACGGGUGCUGCAGGCGGGGCUGUCGGAUGACCUGGCCAAGCUGUCCUUCAUGAACAGCGUCACCACGACGGUCUUCGGCGUGCCGGACUGCCGGGUCACACGCUGCGGCUACACCGGCGAGGAUGGCGUAGAGAUCUCGGUGCCCGCAGGGCGGGCGGUGGAGCUGGCUGAGCGGCUGCUGGGUGUCCCCGAGGUGUGGCCGGCGGGGCUGGCGGCCAGGGACAGCCUGCGCCUGGAGGCCGGGCUCUGCCUCUACGGCAACGACAUCGACGAGACCACCACGCCUGUCGAGGCCGGGCUGCUGUGGACCUUGGGGAAGCGCCGGCGUGUGGCCAUGGACUUCCCCGGUGCGGCCAUCAUCAUGGCGCAAGUGAAAGAGAAGCCGAAGCGCAAGCGCGUGGGGCUGACGUCGGUGGGACCCCCCAUCCGUCCCCACACGGCCAUCCUGGGCGCCGAGGGCACGCCCGUGGGCACGGUGACCAGCGGCUGCCCCUCGCCCUCCCUGGGCAAGAACAUCGCCAUGGGCUACGUGGAGGCGGCGCACAGCCGGGCCGGCACCGCGCUCACCGUCGAAGUGCGGAAGAAGCAGCACCCGGCCCUUGUCACCAAGAUGCCCUUCGUGCCCACCCAGUACUACAUGGCCAAGUAGGGCCAGCCCCCGCCACCCUGGCCCCAAUAAACGCCCCUGCCCCG